AUGGCCCGCUGCCGUAGAGACACUCCCGGAAUGACGUCCGAAAAAGCAAAAUAUAGCCCUUGUUUUCUGCGUGUACAUCGGAUAAGGGACAAGCUCUUCCCGCCGCCACUGCCAUGGAAAAAAACAAGCCCCUCCUCCUCAUCGUCCUCGUCCUCGUCUCUUGUCACACUCUUCCUGAAGAGACAUUGCUCACACGGAUCCCACACCAACGGCGCGAAACAGACGAAAAUGGAGUCAGAGUGGGAGUUUUACUCGAUGAAGGAGCGGUGGGGGGAGAUUGGCGGCGUGCGCCUGUUUCUCUACACGCACGUCAUGUACUGGCACAAGAACGAGUUCUGGGACGCCCGCGUCGCCGGGCGGUACGCCUCGCGCGCCGACCUCCCGCCCGUUGAGGCCUGCGUCCUGCAGCAGAUUGAAAAGACGGACCUGUGGCCGCCGCUCGAGCCCGGACUCCGCGUGUGCCCGGAGCCGACGGACAACAAGCCCGGCGGCGGGCUGUUCGUCAAGCGCGUGCGGCUGGCCGAGUACGACGGCUCGCCGACGCUGGGCCAGUACGUGCUGCACGAGGCGCGCAUCGGCCAGCGCCUGCGCGCCAGCCCGCACCCGAACCUCGCGCGCUUCCACGGCUGCGCCGUCGGCGCCCGAGGCGAGGUCACGGGCCUCUGCUUCGACCGCUACCUCGAGACGCUGGGCGAGCGCAUGCGCCGCGGCGCGCCCGUCGACGCCGAGCGCAGCAUCGAGCAGGUCCGCGCCGCCGUCCACCACCUCCACAGCCUGCAGCUCGUCCACAACGACGUCACGGUCGACAAUGUCAUGUUUGUGAACCACGGCCCCGCGCUGGUCCUCGUCGACUUUGACUCGUGCGCGGCGAGGGGCGGCGGCCUGCCCAAGAAGCGCGGGCCGGUCCCGGACGGCGCCGUCGCGUCCGAGUUUGAAAACGAUUACGUGGGGCUGCAGCUGGUGUACGCGGUGCUGCUGCGGUAUCAGGAUGCCACAAAGGCGCAGAGAUGA